AUGAGAAGCAAAUCCAUCUUAGCUGGUGCCGUUAAUGUUCCAAUUGAACCAACAUCAAAUGUUGACUCACGAACGACAAACAAUAUUGUCAUAAAGAACUAUAGUUCAGAGUGUUUGAAAGAACCAGAACCAGAGCUGAAAUCCGUGAAUUUAAACUCAGCUUCAAACGCUAACGCUACAUCAGAUGUUAAGUUAGAGUAUCCACCACUGGACCAAAUUCUUUCAAGAGACGCCAACGACAACCCUUACACAAAUGUUCAAACAAAUCCUUCAGAUAACGUAGACCAUUACCUUCUUCAGUUAUACCAAACAAUUUUACUCAAAGACGAUAAGAAGCUUUUGACAAAUCUUAUAAGUAAGAACCAAAUAAUUCUAACAAAGGAGGACCUUGAAAAUGUUAUCUCACGAAUAACAGGGAAACA